UCCACAUAGUUCACAUCACAUCCGGAACACACAUACCCGCUCUACAAAAAACCCUCGCAAAACCCCGACGGGGGGAGAAAGGAAUUAGUUCAGAAACAGAUAAACAAAGCAGAAAACUGCAGUUGCGUUCUCUCAUGGCGGCGAAGGACCAACGCAACCAAGACGAAUCUAUGAAAAGAAAGCGAAUUGCAGGCACUCAGAGAGAAGGAGAAAAGCGCACUUCGAAGAAACCGAAAUCCGUCCAAUCGAAACCUGCAGCACCUCCAAACAAGGGGUUGAAGAAACCUUUUAAAUCCUCAAAACAACAAGCUGUCAAAACUCAACCUGAGAAGAGGCAAUUUGCCGUGGAGAAAAAAGUACCAAAAUCGAAACGAGAACGUCGUCUACAUGCGAAGGAACUAACAGAAGCGAGGAAAAAAAGGAGGAAGCGGCAUUACACACUUGAACAGGAACUUGCAUCAUUAUGGGAAAAGAUGAGGCGCCAUAAUAUUGCCAAAGAAGAGAGAUCCAAGUUGGUGAGUGAAGCUUUACAGAAGAUGAAAGGGAAAAUUCCAGAGGUUGCAGGCUCUCAUGUUUCUUCCCGAGUGUUGCAGACUUGUGUUAAGCAUUGCUCGCAAGACGAAAGAGAUGCUGUCUUUGAGGAACUCCGACCACAACUUCUGACCCUUGCAUGUAACACUUAUGCAGUGCAUCUAGUGAAGAAAAUGUUAGAUAAUGCUUCUAAAAAGCAGUUGGAAGGAUUCAUCUCCUCUCUUCAUGGGCAUGUUGCCUCUCUUCUUCGACACAUGGUUGGAUCUGUUGUUAUUGAACAUGCAUACCAAUUAGGAAAUGCAUCUCAAAAACAAGCCCUUCUAUUGGAGUUAUAUUCAGCAGAGCUACAACUAUUCAAGGAUUUGGUCUCAAUGAAAGAAAGCAGGUUGGUAGAUCUGAUUUCUAAACUAGAUCUACAAAAAACUUCGGUUGUACGACACAUGGCUUCUGUAAUUCAACCGAUUCUGGAGAAGGGGAUUGUGGACCAUUCUAUAAUACACAGUGCAUUAAUAGAAUAUUUCAGCAUUGCUGACAAGUCCUCUGUCACAGAUGUUAUACAACAGUUAUCAGGGCCACUCCUUGUUCGAAUGAUCCAUACAAGAGAUGGAUCAAAGAUUGGCAUUCUCUGUGUCAAGCAUGGAAGUGCAAAGGAAAGAAAAAAAAUCAUCAAAGGCAUGAAGGGCCACAUAGGGAAAAUUGCCCAUGAUCAAUGUGGGACCAUGGUGCUUGCCUUCAUUCUUUCCACAGUUGAUGACACAAAACUUCUAACAAAGAUUGUCAUCCGCGAACUACAAGCAACCCUAAAGGAACUUGUUUUUGAUAAGAAUGGAAGACGUCCUUUAUUGCAGCUGCUUCAUCCGUAUUGCACCCGCUAUUUUAAUCCAGAUGAUCUGGCUUCCCUCAAUCUAUUUGUUUCUUCUCUGUGCACCAAGGAUGAAGGGUCAGAUGUAAAUUUGAAUUUGGAGCAGACAGACUGUUCAGAAGUUUGUGAGUUCCAAGACAGUGGGGCUGUGGCUAGUUUGGAGACUACUGUAGGUGGUAAUAAUAGUAGUAUCAGCACCAAUAAAAACCUCCAGAUAGUUGAUGGAGGAAAAAAGGAUUCCUCCUUAAGGAGACGUGAAUUGUUGGUGGAUAGUGGGCUUGCUGAGAGUCUUAUCAACACAUGUAUUGAGAGCGUAGGAGAAUUACUUAGGUCAAAUUUUGGCAAAGAAGUCAUAUAUGAGGUGGCUACUGGUGGAGCUGGUGGUAUUCUUUGGCCAACGUUAACUGACAAAUUGGGUGCUUUACAUGAAGCGGUAGCAUCUCUUGCAGCCCUCCCCAAAACUGAGGAAUCUGAAGAGGAACACAUCCUUGAAAAUUUUCAUUCCAGCCGGACCAUUAGAAAACUGGUAUUGAACUGUCCUAGUUUUGCCUCCACUCUCUGGAAGAUUGCACUGGAAGGGAAGUGUGAAGUAUGGGCCCAUGGACACAGUUGCAAAGUUAUUUCUGCUUUUCUGGAAUCAUCAAAUCUGAAGACACGGGAUUUGGCAAAACUUGAGUUGCAGGCUCUGAUAGAUGGUGGCAUUCUGAAAGUCCCUGAAUCUAAGUUGGGUGAGAAAGAAAGUUAAAUUAUGAAAUUGGCCAAUAAAUAUAGAACAAGAAAGGGUUGUGGUGGUUGAUUGGCUUGGUCGUCUCAGGUCAUAACUUGUGAAGUUGAGAGAGGUCACACUUGGGAGCUGAUGCAUGAUCAAUGGAGCUCUUGAACCGAUGGGUCAAGUGGCCACCUAAGAUGGCAUUGAGUACAAAGCAAGAGUGCAAGACUAUCUUUUAUAUAUAACCUGAAUUUCGAUCUGGUGGGUCAAAAGAUUUCAAGUAUUAUUCAGUGAAAAAUUUUGUUUUUCUCACUAUCAGAAGUGUGACAGACAAAAAUUACUGCAAAUUUUGUUUAAUUUAUAUAAUUUUCGACAACAGAUCUCUAUAGAAUGUAACGAGGUAAAGGCGAAUGAACAUGAGUUUAAUAAGGUUUUUUUCUUUUAAAUU